AUGCUCCGUCUGACGACUCAGACUAAGAUUGUGGUUGUUUCUCGGCUAGCGAACAGCGAUCUCCUGCGGACGUGUGAAGUGAAGUACCGCAUCUCUGGUCUGACUCUCCCGUUCUCCAUGACGUUAUUGGAGAAUUUAGCAUUCGGCAACGCUGAGGCAGUACCCGAGGCCUUCUACCAGCGAGACAAUCUUGAUCACCUGCAUCGGGUAAUCACUCUCUUCGAAGGAAUUCCUGCAGCAGUCAAGUGUCUUGUUCCCGCACUCAAGGACAUGAGAUACGAUGCAAAGACGCUGUUCUCAGAGCUGAUGUAUGGUUUCGACGUCGGGCAGAAUAACGGGCUUAAGCGAGAGCUGAUGAAAUCACGGAUCGGCCGCACCAUUUCCUUGCUUCACCAACGAACGUGGACUUCGAAUACCUCGUUAUGGGAUCCAAUCAUGAGCAUUUUUGGCUGGAAGCGUUCUGCGCCUCCUUCCUUUCAGAUUACAGCAACAGAUUUGGCACCGUUCUGGACGUUGAUGCCGUUGAAUCUCACUAUGUACUAUGGUGCUCUACACCUACCCAACGAAAACGACAUGAAGAUGAGCGAAUGGUGCUCAGACGAAACAGGGCAAAAAGUCCUUGCGCUUCCAGUGAUUAAAGAAUUUCAGAGGCUAUGGCCCGAGGUAGCAAGGGACCUCCGCCUCGCGGGAAUACUCGACGAUGCACGUAUUGUUCGCCGGAACGGAUCUGCUUCUGACGCUUACCAUAUUCAUCCUUUAUUCACUCUGCUCGCAAGGGCUUUCAAACCCCUAGAUGAACGGAGUACGGCACGCAGGGCAUAUGUCUGGCAAAUCAUAUCCUGGCAACAAAAUAUUGGCGAGAACCGGGCAAAUGAACGGGACAGGUUGGGGUGGUUUCAGGAAGUGCAGGAUGAAGACCAUCUCUACAACUGGCGAUUUGUCGCCUUGAGAUGGGCCCGAGAGCUUGGUGAAGCUGACUCAGCUCGGGAAUUUCGAAGGGCUGGAGCUAGCGAGUUCGAGUCCGCUUUCGAGCUGGUUCACUGGAUGUCGCGCAAGUUCCCACAGCAUGCCAAGUUCCUCGUUACUGAUCUCCGCCAACGACUGAAACUGUUGCAGAAGAUUGUCAAUCAACAAAGGUCCAUGGAGGUUCCUGGGGCCUGGGAGGUUAGCAGCAUCGGAAUGCUAACUCACGCGUUAUCGGUGAUUGAGGUAGAACACGGCUGUACUGGUUCAUUGUCGAUGGAGGAAAUCGUUAAGAUCCAAUUUGCCGAUAUUGAUACAGCCAUUGAGCUUUACCUCCGCUGGAAGAAAGGCACACGAGAGGAUACUGAGGGCACCGAUCUCCUGAUUCUCAAGUUGUUCCUGGCGAAGGCCCGGAACUUUGCCGCAGUCGGCAAGUGGGAGGAAGCCCAAGAAGUCUUGGAGCGCUAUCUUCAAACAGAUGCCUCCACGCUCCUCGGAGGACAUGCUCCCCCACUCAGAUUCGUCAAAUAUUGGAAGCUUGAAUGCUUGCUCGAGUGGAAUAAAUAUGUUGCGAUGGAUCCGCGCUUCGGCAAUCCUGAGGCUGACAGAGAGUGUGUGGCCCGCCACUGGCUUAAGCCAAUGGCGGAAAAGAUCACCACGGAGCUUCAGCGUCUUUUCUCGACGGAUCCCAACACGGAUAUCAGCAGUCUCACUGUGCAGGAAUUGGUAAAGUUCGCGCUCCGGAGCAAACCAGAUGCAGCUCUUGGCUUCGACAGAGUCACGAAGGAAGUCCUCGACGCUUCUUUCAUGGAGGUCAUGUUCGAGUUCAUUGGCGGUGAUAUAACUCAGUUCUUCGGCAACUUCCUGACGAAUUUCACUUCAAACCUAAUGUCAAUGCUCUCGGGAUCAGGUAUGAGCGGAAGACAACCGAUGGGGGGCGAACUUGGAAACGUUUCAGGAGGAUCAGGCGCCAUCUUCAGAGACUUCGCCAACUAUUUUUCACAAAAUCCCAAUUUCCCAUCGUGA